AUGCAUACGAAUAACAUGAGUAAGAUGGAUUCAAGUAGCUAUACUAAAAUUUCUGAGAAGGUUGAUUUCUACAACACGAAAAUCAAAGAGGGAGAAGAAGAUGAGGAUGGAGAAAGUGCAAAAAAGAAUACAGCAUUGUGUAAUAAACGACAGUACUACAGAAUAGCAAAGACGGUAGUUAUCGUUUUGACCUGGAUCGUAAAUGGGAUGCUACAAGGGAUACGUUGGCCCACAAUGCCCGAUCUUCGUUCUCGCCUCGGAGUGAACUACGAAGAGCUCUCCAGAGCUCUGAUAGGACGUGAAGUAGGCUGGGCAAUGGGAUCCCUCAUUGCUGGCAUCACAUAUGACAAAUUCCAGAGCACUUGGGACUUGCAGCUUGCUGUGGGUUUCUUUAUUGAGGCGCUAGCUGUUGGCAUUAAACCAUGGUGCAAUGGGUUGGUUCUACUUGGUCUGUCCUACUGGGUCGAGGGUGUGUCACAUGGCCUUUAUGGACUAGUUGGGAAUGCAAUGAUGAUCGCCUUAUGGGGAAAACAUACCCCUUCACCAAUGCAUUCGAUGCACUUUGGUUGGAGAGUCGGGACGUUUGUUGCCCCCUUGCUCGCCUACCCCUUCCUGUCUGGACGUAUCGAGGUCCCCAUGUUGAUAAACUCCACGGCGAAUCUUGGCACAAUUAACUCAACAUAUACAAUGCCUACAAAUGGCACCGGAUCUAUCUUGACAGAAUCUGAGAUUAUCUACCCAUAUUUGAUAACCACUGCUUUUGGAAUACUCGCAUCGCUGGCAUAUCUUUGCUUCUAUUUAGCGCCCCGUCCUGAUGGGAUUAAAUACACUAACACAGCUAAAAGUCAGGAAAUGAAGAAAUUUUUGUCGCCUGCCUCUUGUGCUGGCGGUAACAUGAGCUUUGGUGUGUUAAUGAUGGUUUUUCUGACAUGGUAUUACUUCUAUUGUGACGCAUUAGGUGCUAUUUUUGUGAAUUUCCAUACAGCUGUAGCGACAGAAAGCCUCAACAUGACUGAGCAGGAAGCUGCUCUGGUGAACAGCGCUUCAAUCGGAACAGGCAUAGGGGCCAACUUUUUAAUUAUCAUAUUAGCAAAAUUUAUUCCGAUGCCUUUGUUAAUCUUUACAGAGCUUCAUGGUAUUUUAGUAGUGAGCAUCAUAGCAGUUUUUCUCCUCUUAAAAGAUGUCACCGGAUUCUGGAUCCUGAGUUGCACAUUCCGCGUGUUCAUCACGGCAUUAUGGGCAGGUGGCAUGGCCUGGUCAGAGAAGUAUAUCGAAAUUACCGGCGCUGCUAUCAUGCUUUGGGAUAUAGGAGCAGGGAUCGGAGGCGUCGUAUUCACUUACCUCGGGGGCUAUCUGUUGACUUCUCACGGAGCUAUGGGUAUUAUAUGGAUGGACCUGUCAGGUGCCAUUUUUAUGUGUCUUCUCUUUUACGUCACGCAGUUCACCAUGUCUCGCCAUGGACACAAAAAUAGGAAAAACUAGCACAUAAAGCAGUGUUUUUGUGGCAUUGGUGAAAUGGACAUUAGAUAACGU